GCGUCCAUGUGACCCAGCUGGACGGGAUCCAGGAGACAUCCGGCUCGCCCGCGCAGCGGGAGCGGCCGGGACUAUAAAGGGCAGCUGCCUCCGCGCCCGGGUGCAGCGCCGAGUCACUCGCCCCGCGGGAAGGAUGGCGUGCGUCUUCCGAGACGCCACGAGCGACGACUGCGACCUCCUCAUGGGCCUCAUACAGGAAAUUGCUGCGUACCACAACCUGCUGGAGGACGUGACCAUCAAUUCUCAAAUUUUGAAAGCAGACGGAUUUGGGGAGCAUCCCUUUUUCAAGUGCAUAUUGGCUGAAACACCUGCCGAAAAUGAAAGCAAGCAAGCUCGCACCAUCGGCUACGCACUGUACUUCUUCGGGUACAAUGUCAAUCACGGGAGGAUUAUGUACCUGGAAAACCUCUUUGUGGUGGCUGAAUUCAGAGGGUCGGGGAUCGGGAAGGAAUUCAUGGGCAAACUAGCAGAGGUUGCACUCCAGGCGGGCUGCACCGAGAUUAAGUUCGUGACCAUGGAGUGGAAUCGUGAGGCCAAGGACUUCUACACGCGCCUCGGGGCGCACGACACCACGGAGUCGGAGCAGUGGCACUGCAUGGUGCUGGAGGCGGACGCCCUGCGGCGGCUGGCGCAGGGCCGGAAGGCGCUGGCGUGAAACGAGGCUGCUCGGGCCCAUGUGGUCCUUGGUGGCGUUGGAAAAGAGGCCUGAAUAAAUCAUAUUCAAACCUCAGAUUUUAAGGAUGUAUGGUGUUUUUUGAAGAAUGAGCAUGGUGCAACUCCAGAAUCCAUUUUGAAUGUCGACAGAAACUGCUGACAUUCCUUCCUCCCGCUGCCUUGGCUAUGGGCAAAGAGCAGACAGGAAAAACGUGAGUUCCCAUUCAGUCGAAUACAUUCACUGCUACAGUGUUGCUGCAUAGACCCUGCAGGAAUUCUCCACGUUUACCAGGAAGUAUCUAUUUUGCUGGCCCAGAGCGCUCCGUGUGCCCUGGCCAGUCGGAAAGGUGUGGAUCCAGUACUCCGAGUCUCAUCCUUCCUGAUAAUGGAAUGUAACACAUGGGCUUAUGAUUUCAGGGAAGUUUUCUCAAUAGCCUGAAUUUACAUGUCUAAGCAGACCCGGAGUUGCGUUCAAGUUUCUGGAAUUUACUCAACUGAAAUGUCAAUCCACUGCAAUGAGAAAUAUUGUAAUCUCAUUGUCACUGUAUGAUUGGCUGACAUUCCUUCAUCUGUUCUGUAUAUGAUGGCCUCAGAAUUUCAUUGUAAUGUCUGCACUCUGACAUUAAUUGCUCUGUACCUCUGUCCGUGAUUGGGAGAGUAUGAAAUGCUCUGUAUUUGUACUGAAAUCUCGCAGUUGAGUCUACCUAUGCCCGGUAAUGCAUUAUCGUGAGUUGAACCUGCAGGGAACCUGGGCUUAUGUUAAUAAAGCAGUGGAGGGUUGAACGUUUGAGCUUUCUCAUGAACCUGA